GUAUGCGUAUACAAUGACGGAAGUAGUGACUCAACCGUUGCCCAUGUCGAACAAUUCAUUCCAGCAUUCGCGGCGCGAGGUGUAGAGCUCAAAAUCAAGAGUGGACUGGAAAGUAGAGGAGUCGGUUAUGCGAAGAAUCGUGCAGUAGAAAUGGGUACUGGUAAAUUCAUUUGCUUUUGCGACGCUGAUGAUCUGUCAGAACCCUCGCGUAUCCAAUCGCAGUACGAUCUGGCAUCUUCCUGUGCUAAUUCCUUAGUCUUUAUUGGGAGCAAAUUUCGGCGAAUACCGGAAGGAUCAACCGAUCGAUACACCAACUGGGCCAAUGGUUUAUCUGCCGAUCAGUUGACAUCACAGGUUUUCACAUCUCAUGGACCCACACUUAUCGCUCCGACUUGGUUUAUUUCUCGUGAGCUCUACAGACGUUUGAACGGGUUCCGAGAGGACGUUCGCCUUGGAUACCCGGAAGACCUCGAGUUCUUCUAUAGAGCGCUCGACUUAGAGAACGUUGCUUUUUUGAAGGUUGAUCGGGUCCUGGUAACUUAUCGAUAUCAUGACGGUUGUGCGUCUUUCGGUGUGCCUGAGCUUGCUAUUUGGAAGAUGCGUAUUGAUCGCUUCUGUGAUAAGAUCCUCCCAAACUGGAAAACGUUCACCAUCUGGAAUGCUGGUAAACAGGGGAAACGAUUUUUCAAAUCGUUGCCAGAGGAAUGCAAAGAACGUGUUGUGGCUUUCUGCGAUGUUGAUGAUAGAAAAAUAAAUCGGGGAGUGUUUGAGGAAUACGACGACGUUGCUCGAGUUGUGCGAUGGAAGGUGCCGAUCGUGCAUAGGAAUCGUGAGGAGUGUGAUACCAACCAUUUUGCAUCAGGAUAA